GAUCCCUACGGUGGGCGGAUUACAGCAAGCCCCGACAGGGUCAGAGACAAUUAGACUGAUUGGAUUGAGGAGGCGGGCGCGGCUCCCAACGAGAGGGAGGAGCCCGCUCUCUGGGCUCCUUUGUAGUUUGCGGACGGGGCUUUGGCCGGCCGCGCUGGGCCCUGGGUCCCUGAGGGUGGGCAUCGGGCGAGGCGGAAGACCCGGGCCUGCUCCGAGGUGAUGCUGAUGGUCCGGGGAUGCUGAUGGUGAUGGGAUGGUGAUGCAAGGGGCGGGGUUUGCGGACGGUCCCGGCCCUUCCCCCAGGCCAACGGGCAGAGCAUCGCGGACCUCUCCGCCGUCUCCCUGCAGAUGAAACAGUCCCAGAAGCCCUGGCCAGAGAGGUGGGAAGCCUGAAGUCUAAGCCUGGAAGGCUCAUCCUUGCACCUUCCCUAGGAGAACCCAAGUCUCUCUGUGUCACAGAUAGUCAACAAUUCAGGCCAACUUGCCCUACAUGAAAGCAGAGCAGUCUGGACCCAGCCCGAGCAGUGAGAACCCAAACACGAGAAAGGAGCUGGGGGCUUUGGAGUGGCUCUUUCAAGAGGCCUGAGGGAAGAACUGCCCACAGACGCCGGCCUGCCACUGCUUUAGCUAUUUCAGGGGCACCUUGCCACAGGAUGGCUGAGCCUGGUCUCCGAACCUGAUCUGGGCACCUGGUCUCUGAACCUGAUCUGGGACAUUCUCAGGACUAGGGGAUCCCAAACCCAGGGCCAUGGACAGCGUGUUCCCGGGAGAGGCGGACUCGGCCUCCUUGGACAUCCUUGAAUUCAUGGACAUGAAGAAUGCAUCCGGAGACGAUUGCUACAGCACAAAGAGUACGGUGCUGCGGGGACUACCCUUCGGGGGGGUGCCCACCGUGCUGGGCAUCAACGUCCUCUUGUGGCUGUUCCUCCUCCUGGUCUUCUCCUGCCUCCGGAAAGCUGCCUGGGAUUAUGGGCGUCUGGCCCUGCUGAUGGACAAUGACAGCCUGACCUCUCUGUUCUAUGGGGAGCAGAGUGAGAAGGAGAAGUCCCCUUCCGAGUCCAGCCCUUUGGAUGUAGAGAACAAAGAUGUGGGUUUCUGCUCUUGGCUUCUCUCCAUUUUUCAGAUGAAGGAUGAAGAGCUGCAAAGCAAGUGCGGAGUGGAUGCCACCACCUACCUCUCAUUCCAGCGCCACAUCCUGGUGCUGCUCAUGAUCAUCUGUGUCCUCUCUGUGGCUGUCAUCCUGCCCAUCAACUUCGCGGGGGAUCCUCGAGGACAAAUGCAGAGUCAGUUUGGUCGGACCACGAUUGCCAAUAUCCACUCUCAGGACCGGCUUUUGUGGCUCCACAGCUUCUUCUCCCUCCUCUACUUCAUCAUUACCUUCCUCUGCAUGGCCCAUCACUCUGCCUACCUCGGGGACAAGGACCCCCAAAAGGCUGCCAAGACUCUAAUGGUCACUCACAUCCCCAAGGAGAUCUCGGACCCCUCGCUCAUCCUCAAACAUUUCCAUGAAGCCUUUCCCAGCUGCACCGUCACCAAUGUCCAGUUCUGCUUUGACGUGCGGAAGCUGAUGAAGCUGGAUGCCCUGAGGCGCAAGGCUAUGAAGGGUCGACUCUACUUCACCACCAAGACACAGAAAGAGGGAAAGAUCAUGAUCAAGACUCAUCCCUGCGCCCGCAUCUUCUGCUGCCGUUUCUGUGGCUUUGAAGAGGUGGAUGCCGAGCAGUACUACAGCGAGCUGGAAGAGAAGCUGACCGACGAAUUCAAUGCCGAACGCAACCGCAUUGAGCUCAAGCGGCUGACUACGGCCUUUGUCACCUUCCAGGAUGAGAGGAUGACGUCAGUCAUCCUGAAAGACUACAGCAAAAGCAGGUGCCGCAAUUUCCCGCAGCAGUCUUCAGUGACCACUGUGGUCAAAUCGUACCGCUGGGGUGUCAGCUACGCUCCGGACCCCAGUGACAUCAUUUGGGAGAACCUGUCUGUGAGCAGUGCUGUCUGGUGGGCCCGCUUUGUCCUGCUCAACAUCAGCCUCUUCCUGCUCCUCUUCUUCCUCACCACACCGGCCAUCAUCGUCAACACCAUGGACAUGUUCAAUGUCACUCGCCCUGUCGAGCAGCUCAAGAAUCCCAUUAUCACCCAGUUCUUCCCCACACUCCUGCUCUGGGCUUUCUCCGUAUUCCUGCCUUUCAUUGUCUACUAUUCUGCCUUCUUCGAGUCCCACUGGACCAGAUCAUAUCAAAAUCGGGUCACGAUGCACAAGUGUUACUUCUUCCAGGUGUUUAUGGUAAUCAUCCUGCCCUCUCUGGGGCUAACCAGUUUGGAUGUUUUUUUCCGAUGGCUGUUUGAUAUCAAUUUUUUGAAGGAGGCAAGGAUCAAGUUCCAAUGCGUGUUCCUCCCCGACAACGGCGCCUUCUUCGUCAACUAUGUCAUCACGGCCAGCCUGACGGGAACUGCCAUGGAGCUGCUGCGCAUCCCGGCCCUCCUGGUUUACGCCGCCCGCCUCUGCCUGGCCAACUCUGAGCCCGAGAGGCUCCACAUCAGGCGGAGCCAAGCCUACGAGUUCCAAUUCGGGCUGCAGUACGCCUGGACCUCCUGCAUCUUCUCCGUGGUGAUGACCUACAGCAUCAUCUGCCCCAUCAUCGUUCCUUUCGGGCUGCUGUACAUGCUGCUGAAGCAUCUGGUGGACCGUUACAACAUCUACUACGUCUUCAUCCCCACAAAGCUCAGCCCACACAUCCACAGAGCCGCGAUCAGCCAGGUGAUCGUAGCCCCCAUCCUCUGCAUGUUCUGGCUGCUCUUCUUCUCCGUCGUCCGCCUAGGUACUGUCCGCCCUGUUACCCUCUUCACCUUUGUGGUCCUCCUCUCCUGUAUCAUCAUCUCCUUCUUUGGGCUCUUCCUGAAGCAGCUUCAACCCAGAAAGCCCUCUAGCUACCAGCCCCUUCCCCUGCAGCUGUCGGAGCAGUCUGAGGGGGUCUUCAACGACACGGAGAGAAGCAGCGUCUCCUCCACCCCCAAUUCCAACCAGGUGUUUGUGGCCACAGUGCUGCAGGAGCCAGAGAUGAGCCUGACGCCCGCCACCUCCCCUGCUCAUCAGUCCUACGGUACCAUGGGCAGCCAGCUGGAAGCCCUGGAAGGUGGGGAGGAGAAGGAGGAGGAGGAGGAGGAGGAGGAGAACGGCCUUCAGAGCCUCGAGACGGAGCUGGAGGGAGCCCAGAAAGAUUUCCAGGAGGGGGCCGAGCGGGAGAGCCAGGCCCGUUACCACUAGCCAGGACCCAGCCUCUCCUGCUGCCUGGCCCUGCCAGGCAGAACGUGAGCAGGACAGGAAGGGUGCAGGAGAGAGGGAGAAAGGGGGAGAGAGAGAUUCUGCCUUCUUCCUACCCGCCUCAUCCUCCCAAGCCUCCAUCUUGAAUCGUGCUGCUGUUUCUGGGCACUGGCAGGAGGGGAGGGUCCGGCCCUGCUGGCUGACGGGAGACCGGAGGAGCCUGGACGGGGAUCCUGAUGGCCCUCGGCCCAAGGGAGAGGCAGUCAGCAACCGGACAGAAGAUCUGGCUUCUCUCCUCCCUGAAGCGGGGCUGGAGAGUACAAGACAGGGAGGGAGAGAGAGAGAGGCCCCCGAGAGAGCCAAGGGAACAACUGCUUCCUGUCCACUGUUCUCAACUCCCAGCAGCCUCUGCAGUCCCUGUGCUGGCUCCCCUACAUCCCAUCCCACCCCUCCCGACCUGUUUCCCACCCCUGCCCGGGGACCUCUGCCUCCCCGGGCCUGAGGGAGCAGUGGAGCCAGGCCAGCAGGACGAGUGGCUAGGAGAGGCUCCCCUCAGACUCCUGGGAGUAGAAGUCAUCCCAGAAGAAGAACCCAGCGGAGCAAGCCGUCUUUGCGCCCCGCGGCAGAGCCGAGAGAGAGCAGAGAGCAGGUGCCGUGAAGGGGAUGGGGGACUGUGCCCGCCGCCCAGACUUCCCCGGGGCUGGGAGGUGAGACUGGGGAGUCACCUGUAGUUAGUUCCCUAGAGGUCUUUUCAUUAAAGACACAGUAAUUCCCUCAACUUCUGCCAUCCCGCACCGGCCGGCUCCUCCUGGAAGCCUUCGGGGAAGAACUCAGCCCUCUGGACCCGCCCCCACCUCCCCUCGCGGACUCCCCAGGGACUGGGUCGCUCGUUCUCCUGGGCCUCCUCUGGCCCAGAGAUAGGCCAACGGGAAGAGAGGCCGACUGCAGGGAGCGAGCCCAAGGGCCCAUCCCUGGACCCUGGAAGAGGCUCCCCUGCCCUCUUGCCCUUUUCAGCCUCAGACUCCUGAGAGCGGGCCAGACUAGGACAGCGGCGAAGGGGGUUCUAGGUCUUGUCCUCACCUUGAAGGCACCUUGUAAGCAGGAGCUGCCCGGCAAUGCCUCCUUGAGGGGUCCGUGAGGGAGAAGGAGGUCCUGGUCCCCUAAUCAUUCUCCUUGCCAUCCUCUUCUCCGUCAGGGAUGACCUUCUGUGGGUGUGGGCAUGAGCCCAGCACCAGGGUGGCUUCUCGCAUUUCCUGCAUUACCAGAUCUCUUGUCUUUCAGCUCUCUGUGCUUUCAGUGCUGGCGGUGUAGGGGAGACAGGAAGGCAACAGUCACCCCUGCAACCUGAUGGUUUGGAAGGGAAAAGGAGCCCCUGGGCUUGCUCAUGUUGGGGUGAGCCUGUCUGACCCCAGCCCCGAUGGGGGGACCCCCUCACUCUCUUCCCUCCCUCCUCUUGAGAUUCUCGCUCAGCUGAAUGGUGAGCGAGGGAGGCGGGGGAGAGGGGGCAGCGGGACUCAGUUCCACCCUGGGGUGGGGAGAGGUAGCGUCCCAGACCCGGGGAACUCCAGUAAUCUGUAGACUUGCUUCCCCGAGCCUGAUCUGGGCCACGGGGGCCUCAGCCCUCUGGGGCUUUUCAGCCCAGCUCCCCAGCACUGUGCAGUGUUGGAAGCUCUCGGGGGACAGGCUGGGUUCGUGCCCCAGAGGACCGGGCCGAGGGCUCCGCAGGGAAAGUCCCAUGUCCGUCCGCUCUUCUCCCCUGCCACAGAGCAUUCCUCUGGGAGCUUGACACCGGGGGGGAACCUGGGAAAGGACCUCAGCUUCUGCUUUGCAUUCCUUCCCUCAGCCAGGCCCUGCCUCCCAGCUGGCAAGCACUAUGGCACCGCUAGAACCGGCCCCCCGGGAUCAACCUCUCCAUGUCCGUUGGGACUCUGGAGCCCGGCAGGGGUCUCCCCAUUGCUGCCGACCCAGUGCCGGGCAACCUGGCUGCUGAGGAGGAGCCGGGCUGCCCCUGGGUCAAUGCCCCUGGCUAUGCUAGGCUCCCAGGCAGGGUUGGCAACCGUUGCCCCCCCUCUCCCUCCUCCUCCCCCAACGGUCAAUGGCUUGGGGUAGGGAGAAGUGGGUCGAUGGCCUCUCGGGCCCCCAACGGUCAAAAUGGAGCCCAGCCCGGAGCGAGGUGAGCCUUCCUUUCUAAGCCAAAGCAGCCGGGGAAUCGUGGGCUGGACGCUUUCCAGAGUCCUGGGCUUAUGGACCUGGACCGGUCGCCUCAGAAGCAUCUUAGACAAGGUGCACCGUGGCCUGGCAGAGAGGGGCCAGCCGGGCCCACGGCCGUUUCUGAGGCCUCUGCCGUUCCAUAGACUCACUCGGUGCUCCUUGUCCCUGAACUAUCCUAUUCCCCGCUCCCCAUGACUCACCCCGUCGGGGUUCGAGUUGCUGGUUGAGGGUUGAGUUAAUCUCCCGUUGAGCUCCUAACUUUCUGAACUGCAGGCCCUAACUGGCGGCCCGGGCUCACUUAGACUCCUUCCAGCAUCACCCAGUAGGCUAACGGGGUCAGGUCCAGCUCCGAGGAGAAGGAAAAGCAGUGGGCUCCCAGGCUUCUGGAUUCUGACACAUUCUUCUUUCCCCCCAACCGCCUUUCCCUCGGUCUUCCAACUCCUCACUGCACGUGUGCACCCUUAACCCCUCCUCUCCCACCUGCUUCUUCCUCUGCAUCCAUGCCCCAUCUUUCCCCCCGACCCCCGCCUUCAUCCGGUCACAGCCCCUCCUCUGCCAGGGUAAAUCUGUCCAUUUAGUUCAGGUCCUGGUUGACCCCACCCUCCGACACCUGUUUGCUCCUUUCCCUCCAAUCAGCACUUAGGCAAGUCUGAGUACAGUUGGCCAUUUCUACUUCUUCGGGGACUGGGGGCGGGGGUGUCGUGGGGAAUGCCGAUGAUGUCUGGACCCUGCUUGGACUGACUGUCCCCGUGGAACCCUCCCAGGACUCUUGCUCUCCUGCCAUACCUGACGCAGGCCCCACCGCCCCCUCCCGCCUCUCUCUGCCGUGUCUCUGGAAGCAAAGUGCCUGUUUAGCAUCCUCGUGUCCGCUGGGGGCUCUGGGGUGGCGUCCGACUCCCCCUUAGGCGCCGCCACUGUCGGAAUGUGCCAGAGUUCCGUUCCUUCUUGUUAUUUAUCGCUAUGACCGUGCCUUGAAUAAACCAACUGCGCCCA